AUGGCCACUGGAGGAAAGGGGCAACGGUGACCUGGGACUUGUAGUUCAUUCGCUAAGGCUACUCCUUGUGGAAACAGGGGAAAGGACUACAAUAAAGAUGGCAGCCUAGCACAUCCUCUGCGCCAGGGCCUGCUGGGCGACGUAGUCCCUUCCUUAGUUCAACAGAGCAAGGACAUGGGCUGUUGAAAUGUGCAUCACCGCCGACAGUCCAAAUUGAGAGCAGACAGAAACGGAGAGUCUAUUUCCUUCUCUCCUCGCCACCCGCUUCUGACGACCUCCAGGGAAAUGUAGUCUCGUGCCUUCACUCGCUAGUGGAGGGGAAGAAUUUCUGUCGCCAGUGGGGAUCAAUGCGGGUGAGGGAGAAAAGACGUCCGAGAGAUCCAGGAAUCUAUAAUGUCCGCCUCCCCGUGUGUCAAGGACUUCAUCUUUCAGGGGAAGGCUCUUAAAGGAAAGCAACAGUAAUUAGUGUGUGGCGACAAGGGAGGCGUGGUUCUUGCCGAAAGUACGUCGCGCUGUUGUCCCUUGGAAAGCUUCGGCGCCUCACACCUGAUGCUUGUUCCCCCAAACCUCAGAGAAUCGGUAGCUUCCAAGUCGAGAGAGCUCCAGGGAAAAGGCUCUGGAGUCAUACAACAUCCCCACCCCUCCUUGGGAAGUCACCAAACCUCGAUUAUUCUCAUCUGAAAAAUGGGGAUAAUGAUACCUACCUCGAAGCAGAGUGUUAGACAAUGUUCACGAAAAUGCCCACCUUCAGGGCCUGACACAGGGCACGUGUUGGCAGUUCCUUUCUCGAGGGCCCUUCCAGCCCAGCUGUUUUGGGAUCCCAGGUGUCCGUCAUGCCCGAAGGAGUUAGCUCCUGUGAGAAGAAAACUAUGCCCGGCUGUGUACCCUAUCUUGAGCCGCACACCCUCUGCCCGGGCCCCUCAUCUGGAUCCUUCCGUGUCCACUACCGAUUACUGCUGCUAGGGGGCGCCCAUUCUUCGUUUGACUAAGGGCCAACAAGCUGCCUAGAUUCCUCAAUCUGAAGUUGUUGGUGCUGCCAAUUGCGCAACCAGUCUUGGAGGCACCCCCGCCCCCUCUCCGGGCCUUCUCCCCCUCCGCGGUAGACACCUCAGCUGCCAAGGCAAACGGGUCUGCUUCCUACCACUGUACCUUCUUAGCUGCCUUCUUAAUCUUCCUCCUCUGCCUGCAAAACUAUUCACUUUCGACCCCUGUGGUUCGACGGCCCUGCGGAAGAUUUGCUCACAGUUCAGAUUGAGGUCACCCUAGAGUCAGUCCCAAACUGAGGGAGCAGGAGCCUCCAAUCUGUCCUGGCCUUGCUGUGUGACUCCAGCCCCCUUCUGCCUUCUGGCCCUGCUGCUGCCCCGUCUCAGUUUGGGAGCCCCCACAUCCACAGCUGAAUCUGUCAAUCAAGCCUAUAACCUGGCGCUCGACAUGCAGAGGCACACUUCCACCCUGCUGCAGACUUAUCUCGAACACCAAGGCCGUCCCUUUAGUAAUCCCGGCUUCUCAUCUCCCGAACUCUCGCUCGAAACCCUGCCUUCAACCGACAUGCCCUUCGAGAUCUGGCAUGGCCUGGAAGAUGGAGUACGUCUGAGCCUCACCCAGGAGGCCUUCUGGUCCUUCAGCCAGCACUUCCGGAUUGCGAUGGUUGACCAGCAUAUCCUCCACCAUGGCGAUUCCAUCGUGGAGGAUCAGCUUUGGGAAGCAAGACUCAAGGCCAAAGGCCUAGUGGGCAACUUGGCUGCCAUCAUGACUUCCCUGGGCCUGCCCACCCCACCACCAAACACCCCUCUCGGUCCUGUCUCCUUAGGGGACACGGCCUUCCACAAGAAGUGUCGAGGGUAUGUAAUAAUCCGGGACUACAGCUUUUGGACAGACCGAGCUGUGACUUUCUUGGGUGAGCUCAAGGCCAAAUACUCUCAAUAGAGGAGGUGGAACUUCCUGUUCAGGCUGCAACCCUUUCCCUUUCACAGCUGAUUCUUUCCUGUUUUGUUUUUCUCACCAGGGAUUCUUUUCUGCCUUGCUUCUUGGCUAGAAAGGAGACACAUGUUGUCUAGCAGGGCUUGUGUACCACGUAUCUGGGAAUAUUUCCUGGGGACCAGGCCUCUAGUCCUUAUGCCUGGGCCUCCCUGCCCAGGUCCUGUGGCCUCCCUUCCAGAUCUGGGUGGGACUCCAUGGACAGCAUCUCAUGAAUUCCCAUUCCAGUGGUACUGGUUGCUCACUUCCUGGGUGGAAAGAAAUAACACCCCUUUGAAGAGGCUUCACUUACAGUCCAUGGGGUCACAAAGAGUCGGACGUGACUCAGUGACGAACACUUUUCAGUUUCACUUCCCACUCUACAGGGGGAGUACAGUUGGUCCCCUUCCUGUCAUUUAGGGGAGGUCCAGGAGAAGGCAAUGGCACCCCACUCCAGUACUUUUGCCUGGAAAAUCCCAUGGACGGAGGAGCCUGGUAGGCUGCAGUCCAUGGGGUCGCUAGAAUCAGACAGGAGUGAGCGACUUC